AUGGAAAGCCCAGCGAAGGCACCGCGAUGCACUUGCCUCCUCCCCGCCAGCUCCUCCGUCUCCUGCUCCAAGCCCUGGGCGCUCUCUGCAGCCGGCUGGCGCUCCUCGGCCUUUGGGGGGCCGCUCCGACGGAGAGUCUCGCCGAGCUCAGCUCCGGAGCCGUCCGCUGCGCUUCGUCCGCCGGUGCCGCUCAGCGUCAACUACCACUUCAGCCGGCAGUGCAACUACAAGUGCGGCUUCUGCUUCCACACCGCCAAGACCUCGUUCGUCCUGCCGCUGCAGGUGGCCAAGAGGGGGCUCCGGUUGCUCAAGGAGGCCGGUAUGGAGAAAAUAAACUUCUCAGGUGGGGAACCGUUUCUGCACGAGCGAGGCGAGUUUGUCGGAAAGCUGGUCCAAUUUUGCAAGGAGGAGCUAAAGUUGCCGAGUGUUAGCAUUGUGACCAAUGGCAGUAUGAUUAAAGAGAGAUGGUUCAAAUGUUAUGGGGAAUAUCUAGAUAUUCUGGCUGUAUCUUGCGAUAGCUUCAAUGAAGAAGUCAAUGUUUUAAUUGGCCGAGGGCAAGGAAAGAAAAAUCAUGUUGAAAACCUUGAAAAACUGAAGACGUGGUGCCAAAAAUACAACGUGGCUUUCAAGAUAAAUUCCGUGAUCAACCGUUUCAAUGUGGAAGAAGACAUGAAUGAGAAGAUCAAAGCUCUGAAUCCUGUCCGCUGGAAGAUAUUUCAGUGCUUGCUCAUCGAAGGAGAAAAUACAGGGGAAGAAUCUCUUAGGGAGGCUGAAAGAUUCAUCAUCAGCACUGAAGAUUUUGAACGAUUUGUGCAUCGUCAUAAAGAUCUCCCAUGCUUAGUCCCCGAAUCUAAUCAAAAGAUGAGGGAUUCCUACUUAAUUCUGGAUGAAUAUAUGCGUUUUCUCAACUGUGUAAAUGGCCGGAAAGAGCCUUCUCCGUCAAUCCUGGAUGUAGGGGUAAAGAAUGCUAUACAGUGCAGUGGCUUUGAUGAAAAGAUGUUUUUCAAGCGAGGAGGCAAAUACGUCUGGAGCAAAAGAGAUAUGGCCCUGCAGUGGUGAUCCAACCUGUUAUUUGCUGGAAACGUCGGCAAGCACAAAGUGUACUUAUUUUACUCUAGAUGAUGAUAUGUCAAUGUUGCU